UCUUCCUCUUCUUCUUCUUCUUCUUCUUCUUCUUCUUCUUCUUUUUUCCCUUUUCCCCAGGUUACAACUCUUAAAAAAACUUGGAGAUGGAGAUUUUCAGGCAAUUAUCCGAACAUUAUCCAUUUGGAUCGAGUACUUCUAUGUUCCUCGACAAACCAGAGAGUUCUACUUCGUCCGAUCCUGGUACUCUCCGGCGGCCGGCUCACUCCGAUGAGGACGUCAUACUGGCGAGCAGCAGGCCUAAGAAGCGAGCAGGGCGAAGGGUUUUUAAAGAGACCCGGCACCCCAUUUACAGAGGGGUUCGGCGGAGGAACAAGAACAAGUGGGUGUGCGAGCUACGGGAGCCGAAUAAAAAGACACGGAUUUGGCUGGGCACGUAUCCGACUCCUGAAAUGGCGGCACGGGCACAUGACGUUGCAGCAUUGGCGCUUAGAGGAAAAUCUGCAUGCCUGAAUUUCGCAGACUCUGCUUGGAGAUUGCCACAGCCGGCUUCCAUGGACGCGAAGGAUAUUAGAAGAGCUGCAGCUGAAGCAGCUGAAGCUUUUCGGCCUCUGGAAAGGGAAGAAGCUGCUGGAGGGGAAGUAAGAGAGGUACUAGAGAGGGUUAAGAUUUCUGAUCAUCGUGAUGUUGGGAAAGGGAAGGAAGUGGAAAGUGGAGAUCAAAACGAGUCGUAUUUGGAAGAAAAUGUGUUCUUUAUGGAUGAAGAAGCUGUGUUUGAUAUGCCUGGGUUGCUAGCGAAUAUGGCGGAAGGGCUUCUGCUAUCACCACCUCCAUUGGUAGAGAGUGAUAGGACAAACAUGGAGGAUGAAGAAUCUAGUGAUGUUGAUUUGUCACUGUGGAGUUACUCGGUGUGAUAAUUAAUGUGGUUUUAAUUAGAUUAAUUACUGUUUAAUUUUAUUAGUUUAUGGAUGGAACAUCCCUAGCAGCCAGAAGCUUCUUUGUUGUUGAGUUGAUUAGUGUGGAAGCUACAAAGUUUUGUAAGUACUGAGUGUCCGUACCUAGUA